UUAUAUAAUUCUAGUCAUUGGAAUGUCGAAAAACCUUCAUAUUGCUAGUGAGUUGGCAAAAGAUAGUCUUUAUUCAGAUGUUUCUCCCGAAGAUCUCGAAUGGACUUUAGCGUCUGGAGCUUCCACCGAAACUCAGACGUUUUAUUUGGUAACCAAUGAAGGUCAUUUUUCAUUUGUCCAAAUGAUUCACUCUAACAUUGGCUUAUGGCCAACAAUUCAAUUUACCGCACGUUUCUUUGGGGCGGGAAUUAAUACUUUUAAAUCAGUCAAUAUGUCCAAUUUUAAAUUAUCACCAGAUCGACGUUCAGCUCAAGCAGAUAAUAUGUCCAUCACUCUCAAUCCUGAAUGUAAUAAAUAUACAGUUACUCUUACACACGGACGAGAGCUAAUUGUCUCUUUCGAAUUCGAACGAGUGGAUCGUGGAUUUAAAAUUGGUGGAGGCAAGACUUAUUUCGGUCAAGACAAGUCAACAGGGUUUGUUGAACAUAAAUUUUGGCCAAAAGGCAAUGUCAAAGGCAACAUUGUUGUCGAUGGCAAAGCUUUCGAUAUUUCAGGAGUUGGGUUAUUUGUUCACGCGAUUCAGGGAAUGAGACCACACUUAAUCGCCUCUCGUUGGAAUUUUGUUAGUUUUCAUUCUGAUAUCGCUUCUUUAGCUAUGUGUGAAUUUGAAACUACACCUCAUUAUGGAAGUAUAAAGGUUAAUCAAGGAGGAUUAAUUUUACACAAUAAAUUGAUAGGUGUAUCGGUGAACAAUAAAGCACACUUCUUACAUACAACAUUAGAUAAAGAUACCGGUUAUAAUAUCCCUGAUAAAAUUCAUUAUACAUGGGAAGGAAGGACUUUAGAUAAUGAAGAAAACUUUACAGCAAGAAUAGAAAUUCAGCCAAAAAUUCUGAUGGAAAAGAUUGAUGUGUUAAAUGAGAUCCCUUAUUUUUUGAAAAAACUUGUACAAGCAUUCGUCGCAAAACCAUAUGUAUAUCAAUGGUUUAACGAAGCUACAGCUUAUAUUAAAGUUGGUGAAAAUGAAGAGGUUGUUCACAAAGGGCAAAUGUUCAGCGAAGCUACUUUUAUUUCAUAG